AUGUUACUGAGAAAUAUCUUUCUAUUUCCGAACCAUGGGAUGUUCUGCCUAAUAGACACUUUGAACACAGUAAAGCCUUUUUUUUUUUUUUUUUUUUUUUUUGCAGAACUAAUAAUUGAAAAGAACUUAACCAUUAAAGGAUUUACAUGUAUUAUCAGAUUCAUGUUGAAAAAUCUUGAUGGUCAUCGUAAAGUAAAGGGUUUGGGUCUGGGUCUGGGUCGGUCGGUCGGCCGGCCGGCUAACACCUCAAACCAAAAUCAAAACCAAAACCAAAACGAAAACGAAAACGAAAAAAAAAAAAAAAAAAAAAAAAGGACAUACACGAGGUUUCGCCUCGCCUCGCCUCACCUUACCUCACCUCACCUCAACUUGUCGGUUAUGCUAGUUUAUUGUACAGCAAACUAUAACACAAAGUAA